AUGUAAUUACAUUGCAAAGAUAACGUAAAAUGGGAAUAAACAAACAAGAGAGGCAUCGAUCCGGUGCAUUUAAACAGUCUAAUAAGGUACAUAAAACUGGCAGACAUCGCAGCAAAGGGAGUAUUGAAAGUGAGGUUAAAGGUAAAGUCGAGGUCAAAGCAUUGUCUAAACGAGUGCGAAGAGAGUUGCGAAAAGAAGAACGCAAGAAUCAGGCUCACCAAAUUCGUCAGAAAAAACGUGAUCAGGCUUUUGCGCAAAAACGUAACCUAGGAGGAUAUUUGAAACCACCCUUACUUGUAACAGUGAUCCCUCUGAAUGAGGAUGUUGAUGUACAGUCAACUUUGUCUUUGAUAGCCGGUGCAGACCAGGAUGCGAUCGUUACCAAAAGCCCGUCGGGGGCAACUCACGUUAGUGUACCGAGAUAUAAACAACGGUUUUCUUUUAUCGUUCCUCCUCUGGGUAAUACUUUUGCUACCCUGGACACAGCGAAAGUUGCCGAUACAAUAUUGUUCGUUGUUCCCACCCUUCCAAAGUCGCAACAAAGUGAUCAGGCAUGGAAAGCUAUAGAUGAUUGGGGUGAGGAAAUCCUUGCAGCAUCUAUAGCACAGGGUCUGCCUACUACGGUAGUGACGAUUGUGGAUUUGGAAACUCUCCAUCCGAAGAAAAGACAAGACGUCAAGCAACAAGUGCAAAAAUCGAUUUUCAAAUGGCUGCCCAAUGAAAAAGUUAUGCCACUGGACAAGAAAGUGGAUGCUUUAAAUGUUCUAAGGCGUGUGGGAUCACAAAAGCAGAAAACUGUAUCUUACCGGGACAAUCGAUCCCAUCUAUUUGCCGAACACGUUGUUUUCAAAUCCAAUAACAACAGCGACGCUUUUAACAAUUAUGGUACCUUGGAAGUGACAGGCUACCUACGCGGAAUGCCACUGUCGGUAAAUGGUUUAGUACAUAUACCUGGGUUAGGAGAGUUCCAAAUGUCGAAAAUCGAGGCACCAGAAGAUCCUUAUCCAUUGGAAACACGCGGGAUCAAGGGUAUACCUCUGACCAAUGAUGUGAAGAUGAAAAAAGACUGCAUUUCAAGAGUUUUAGAACGAGUAGAUCCAAAUUUACAGGAAUCUUUGCAAAGUGAGAAUAUACCGGACCCGCUGGAUGCUGAACAGACUUGGCCAACGAACGAAGAAUUGGCAGAUGCAGAAGCCGAAAAGAUGAGGAAAAAAAUAGUAAAGCGAGUCCCGAAAGGAACUUCCGUUUAUCAAGCAGCUUGGAUACCUGACAUUGAUGGAGAGGAAGCGGACGAAAUAUCAGACUCGGAAUACGAGGACAAUGAUGAAAUGGCAGUUGAUGCAGACGAUUCAGCUCAGUUAUCUGAAGACAGUGAAGAAGAAACUGAGGAUUACGAAACAAUGACUGUUACAGAUGUUGCACCUGACGAGCAACGGUACGACCAAGAUAUGGACAUGCAGGAAGAACAGCGUAGUAUUAUGAAGAUCAAAGAAGCGAGAAUGGAUGCACAGUUUCCUGACGAGAGGGAUACACCCCAAGAUAUACCUGCAAAAGAAUACUUUCAAAAAUAUCGAGGUCUCGAAUCAUUUCGAACCAGUCUUUGGGAUCCUAAGGAAAAUCUGCCUGCAGAUUAUGCCAGAAUAUAUCAGUUUGAAAACUUUGAUCGUACCCGUAAACGUAUAAUGAAGGAAAGUGUAGACCGUGUGGGAGCAAUGCCAGGCUGGUACAUUACAGUCCAUGUGACAGGGUUGAGCGAGGAUCUCUAUAAAGCUUACAACAUGGUGGAAGAACAACCGCUUAUAAUUUUUGGUCUACUACCGCACGAGCACAAGAUGUCCGUAUUAAACGUUGUCCUGAAACGCACGGCUGAUGACGUUAACGCUAUUAAAUCCAAGGAGAAAUUAGUUUUCCAAUGCGGCUUUCGUAGAUUCACCACUUCUCCAAUUUUCAGUCAGCAUACUAGUGGAAACAAACAUAAGUACGAGCGAUAUUUCCAGCCCAAUAGUACAGUUGUUGCAAGUAUGUACGCUCCUAUCACAUUUUCACCCUGCCCUGUGAUGUGUUACCUGCAGCAGAACGACGGCAGUUUGAAAUUGGUAGCAACAGGCAGCGUACUUUCCGCCAAUCCAGAUCGAAUAAUCGUCAAACGAGUCGUCUUGAGCGGUUAUCCAUUCAAAGUUCACAAACGAUCUGCAGUUGUGCGAUUCAUGUUUUUCAAUAGGGACGACAUCAAUUGGUUUAGGCCCGUUCAGCUACAUACAAAACACGGUCGUCGCGGGCACAUCAAAGAACCCCUAGGCACUCACGGACAUAUGAAAUGCGUAUUCAACGGACAAUUGAAAUCUCAAGAUACAAUUCUGAUGAAUCUUUACAAACGGGUAUUCCCAAAAUGGACCUACGAUCCAUACCUUCUAACUGCAACUUCGUACCCUGUCGAUGAUGUUCAGAUGGAAUAAUCAAACACAGGUUUGUUCCUGUAAUGAAAAAAUUGUAAAUGCGACAUGUAUUUCUGUUUAGCAAAGUGCAGGUUCUCAAGCAUUUUUAUUGUUUCUUAUUCUUCUAUACAUUUAGUGCAAAAUACAAAAUAAUCUAGAUAUAAAGAGGGAAUUCUGGAUGCACAAUCAACAUUUGGAAUGAGAAUGGAAAGUGUACGUUCGCAGUUUAUUGAAUGGUAGGCAAUAGGAAAUUAAUUAUCGACUUAUUCGUUAUGCUGCGAACUUCACUUAAUCUUGAUUACUAAUCACAUUCUGUACAUGAUAACAGUGGAAUCUGCAGACACUGAGUGUAGUCGUGGCAUGUAUAUCACGAUAUUCGAUUAUUCUCUCAUUAUUGAUUGCUUGAAUAUGCAAUAGUUGGAAGGUUCCAACAUUAACGUCUUGAAUCAAAAUGCAUUUGUCAUGCACUGAUUUUCAAUUUGUUAAACUGUGGAGAGCAGGUGUAAAUUCAUACUGACACUUUAAGGAAGUACCGGUAUUGGUUUAUCGUUUUUUAUUUUUAUUUAUUUUUUUUUUUUUUUUUUUUGUGUUUCUGUUUUCUUUAUAAAUGAAUAUCACACGACAAUGACGUGGCUUAAGGUAUGUGCAUAUAAAUUUCGUAUCAAGUAAAUAAAAUUGUUCUUCAUAUCAAUAGAGAGAAGUAAUAAGUAACGAUGUCAAUCAAUAUUAUGGGUGGAAAUGCUUUGAAUAGGUGAGAAUCUGUUGAAAUAAAUAACAUUAUGAUUACGUGUAAGAGAAA